AUGAUGUCGGCCGGCCCUCAUCCCCAGGUGCCCAUGACGGCGGCGCAAAUCAAUCAGCAGCAUUACCAAGCUCAACAGGCCAACCAGCGCGCCAAGAUCAGAAGCCGCAAGCCCACCGACAAGAACCUCCCAGAUGGCAUCGACGAGCUGCUCGUGGGUGGCCCUGACCUGGCAGUGGCCUAUAGGCAGUUGCGUGACUUUGAACGCCGGCUUGAUGCUACCAUGACGCGCAAGAAGUUGGACAUCAUGGACUCACUGUCCCGCAACACCAAGCACCAGCGGAAACUGCGCAUCUGGAUCAACAACACGGUCGAGGAUCAGUACUGGCAGGCGAGUGCAUCCAGCAUGGACAACUUUGAAUUUUCUUCCACUUCCGAAGCCACCUAUCGCGUUACUAUCGAGGCCCGAUUGCUCGACGACCCGCUCGAUUUGGAUAAGGACAAGGGCAAUGGCGAGGACGACGCCGGCAAGGAAGCCGAUGGCGAGAAGAUGGACACCGACGACAAGCCGCAGCAAAAGCCUGCUCCCGCUAAGCCCGGCCAGCGGACGAGAUUUGCGCACUUCUUUAAAGCUCUGACGGUUGAGCCUGACCGCCCGAAACCUGGAGCCCACGGAAAUGAGACUAUUGUCGAGUGGAAGAAGCCAGACAAGACGCCCUCAGGAGCACAGAACCUCCCCGCGAUUGCCGACUUUGACGAAUUCGCAUUCAAGAGGCCUGGGGAUGAGAACCUCAACAUCACCAUCAACUUGUUCAGACACGAAGAACCUGAGCGGUUUGCUGUGAGCCCGGAACUGGCCGACAUCAUUGAUGAAACAGAUGCCACCCUCAAGGAAGCAACCUUGGCCGUCUACGAAUACAUUAAGCUUUUCGGCCUGCAGGACGACGAAGAGACUCGCAACUUCCGAUGUGACCAGUAUCUCAAAAAGAUUGUUGGCCGCGACAUGGGCAUGAUUGGUCAUCUCCCCGACUACAUCACACCCCAUUUGCGCCCGUUGCCCCCUAUCAAACUUCCUUACACCAUCCGCGUCGACGAGGAAUUCCACAAGAACCCCACGCCUACUAUUUACGACGUCACGGUUGCUGUGGAUGACCCCAUGCGCGCCAGGUACCUUUCCUUCUUGCACAACCCACAGCACGCCGGUAUGUUGAAGGAAAUCGCGCGCCUCGACGACCAGCUGGCAACCGUUUGCCAGGCGCUUCAUGAGUCCAAAGCUCGGCACACCUUUUUCACGUCCAUGGCCAACGACCCGGUUGGAUUUGUCCGGACUUGGCUGUCGUCCCAGAAGAGGGACUUGGACAUUAUCCUUGGUGAAUCGGCGAGGGGCAACGGGGAGAGCAUACAUGGUGAUGAGUGGCGGAAGGGCGGCAGGGAUAGCGUGUGGAAUACGGCUAAUGCGAGGGAGAGUGUGAAUGUGCUGCUUUCUAGGCCGCCGUCGAGGCCACAGCAACGCUAG